UGUGGGGGCUUGAGCGGGUUGAAGGAGAGGGUUGGGUUGGGGUUGGGUAUAGUUGGUCCAUUUUGGGCCGGGAGGGGUGGUAUUUGGACGCUGCUGCGGGCGGCAGCCAUGCGGCGCGACGUGCGCAUUCUGCUGCUAGGCGAGGCCCAGGUCGGGAAGACUUCUCUGAUCCUGUCGCUGGUCGGCGAGGAGUUUCCCGAGGAGGUCCCUGCCCGCGCGGAGGAGAUAACCAUCCCCGCCGACGUCACCCCGGAGAAGGUGCCCACUCACAUCGUGGAUUACUCAGAAGCGGAGCAGACAGAGGAGGAACUUCAGGAGGAGAUCCACAAGGCCAAUGUAGUGUGUGUGGUGUACGAUGUGUCUGAGGAAGCCACCAUUGAGAAGAUCCGAACCAAGUGGAUCCCCCUGGUGAAUGGCAGGACUGCAACAGGGCCCAGGUUGCCCAUCAUCCUGGUAGGCAAUAAGUCAGACCUGCGACCAGGGAGUACCAUGGAGGCUGUGCUACCCAUCAUGAGCCAGUUUCCUGAGAUAGAGACCUGUGUAGAGUGUUCAGCCAAGCACUUGAGGAAUAUCUCAGAACUGUUCUACUAUGCCCAGAAGGCUGUUUUGCACCCCACGGCCCCCCUUUAUGAUCCUGAGACCAAACAGCUAAGACCCGCGUGCGUCCAGGCUCUCACACGCAUCUUCAGACUCUCGGAUCAGGACCUAGACCAGGCACUCAGCGAUGAGGAGCUCAAUGCCUUCCAGAAGUCCUGCUUUGGCCAUCCCCUGGCCCCACAGGCCCUAGAUGACGUGAAGAGGGUAGUGUGCAAGAAUGUGGCAGGUGGCGUACAGGACAGCCAGCUGACCCUGGAAGGCUUCCUCUUCCUGAACACACUCUUCAUCCAGCGUGGCCGUCAUGAGACCACGUGGACCAUCCUGCGGCGCUUUGGUUACAGUGACUCACUGGAGCUGACGCCUGACUACCUCUGCCCACCGCUCCAUGUGCCCCCUGGCUGCAGCACAGAGCUCAACCACCGUGGCUACCAGUUUGUGCAGCGGGUAUUUGAGAAGCAUGACCAGGACCAUGAUGGUGCCCUCUCAUCCUCGGAGCUACAGAAUCUCUUCAGUGUAUUCUCAGUGGCUCCCUGGGGCCCCAAACUCCCAUACACAGUCCCCACUCAGGCUGGCCGGCUGACCUUACAUGGCUAUCUCUGCCAAUGGACCCUGGUGACCUACCUAGAUGUCCAGCAAUGCCUUGCACACCUUGGCUACCUGGGCUACCCCACCCUCUGUGAGCAGGACUCCCAAGCACAGGCCAUCACAGUUACCCGUGAAAAGAGGCUGGACCAGGAGAAAGGGCAGACACAGCGCAGUGUUCUUCUGUGUAAGGUGUUGGGAGCCCAAGGAGUGGGCAAGUCAGCCUUCUUACAAGCCUUCCUUGGCCACAGUCUGAAGGAAGCCAGAGAACUCCCUGAGGAACGCCCCAUGCACACCAUCAACACAGUGCGGGUCAGCGGACAAGAGAAGUACCUGAUUUUGUGUGAAGUGAGUGCUGAUAGCCUGCCGGACACCUCCCUGGACACUACCUGUGAUGUCGCCUGCUUAAUGUUUGAUAGCAGUGACCCCAAGACCUUUGUACACUGUGCUACCAUAUACAAGCACCAUUACAUGGACGGGCAAACCCCCUGCCUCUUUGUCUCCUCCAAAGCUGAUCUCCCUGAAGGUGUUGCCGAGCCAGGCCUGUCACCAGCUGAAUUCUGCCGAAGACACCGGCUGCCUGCCCCCACCUCGUUCUCCUGCUUAGGACCAGCACAGCCCAGCACAGCUGUCUUUACCCAACUUGCUACCAUGGCCACCUUCCCACACCUGAUGCACACAGAGCUGCACCCCCCAUCCUUUUGGCUCCGAGGAAUGCUGGUGGCUGUCGGGACUGCUGUGGCUGCUGUCCUUAGCUUCUCACUAUACAGGGUCCUAGUGAAGAGUCGAUGAUAAAGGACCCAUGAGCCUCUCCUAACCAAGGCACAGCAUACUGCUUCCUCGUGGUGACCCACAUGGCAGAGGAGUAUGGGUUUUCAGCUUGGCGGUGUAAUGGCUGUGUGGCUACAGGGUCCCUGGGACUGAUGUGGAGUACCUGCUCAGGGACUUGGCUUCAAAAAUCUAUUGCUCCAUAACAGGGCUGUGUUUUGCCUUGUCCUGCUGAGCCUGAGGGUACAGGUGGCAGCCUUGGAGAGUGUAUUGUGUGUUAGGGGCUCGAUUGUGGGUAAGGAAGCCAGGGACCAGGACCAGGAGUUCUCGGGGUGCUCCCUGGUUCAUGUGGGGAGCAGGAGAUGGUGGUCAAGUCGGGGAGGGACACGACAGUCACAGAGUCCUCACCUUUCUGUAUGGUGUGGAGCUAUACCCACACCGUACCAGCUUCAGAGAAAGUGGAAUUGGGUUUCCUGAUUAAACUUCACUCGUCUUUUCCACCUCUUGGA